AUGAAAUUACUUCAUAUUCUAGCGGUUAUUUCACUUCUACUAUUUAUUCAUUCAAAUGAUGGUCAAAGUACAAAGCGCAGAUGGAAUGCGGAAACAUGUCGAAGACGAACUAAAUCUGUUGGGGAAGAAAUUUUGAAGGAUCAGGCAAUCUUUAGAGGGUUUAAUGAUAUUAUUAGAAAAAACAGAAUAAAUCUAAAAAAGACAGAAGAAGAUUUAAAGUUAUUAUCAGCCAGCGCUGAAGAUAAAAUGAAAUCUAUGGAAGAUGAAUUAGAGAAUCUAAAAAAGAAAAGUGAAGCUGGAAGACUCGUAGAGCGAAUGAAACAAGCAGAAAUCGAUUAUAUUAUAGCAGUAGCCAAUUAUGAAGAAAUUGAAGAUGAAAUUACUGCGCUUCACCAAGAUAUAGCGAAGGCUAAUGCUACUCAAUUGGAGAAAACCCGUGAAUUUAACAGCCUUUUAGAUACAAUAAAAAGUGAAAUCGAAAUUCAAGAACAUGUACUUGAUGAAUUCCAGCAGCAACUCAAUUAUGUUAUCAGGAUUAUAAACAAUUGGUUCAUUGAAGAACAGCUGAGAGAAGCUACAAUACAAUACAAAUAUGCACAUGUUGAUUACGAUGGGAAAAAGGCAAGCUAUGAAGAAUUGCAGCGAAUCCUAGAUAAGCAAUAUGGUGAAGAAUACAACGCAAUAACAGAUUUUGACAUACAACGUGAUGAGUUGAAAUUAGCAAAGCUUCAAGAAAGUCUGGAAGUAAAGAAAAAGGAAAUGAAAGCUUUACGAGAUCAUUGGAGAUCGGAGCAAAUUUCAAUUGAGAAUUAUAUAAACGAAACUAGAGCACGAAGAGAAGAACUACGGACAAACUUUACGGUAGAAAAGAAAGCAAUGAUAGAUAAAAAACGAAGAAUUGGAGAAAUUGAAAAACAGUUGACUAAUAAAACAAUAAAGAAAGCUAAAAAAGACAAUCUCAAAAAGCUGCGGACGAAAUUGAACAGUGAAGUGGAUUCUAUACGCGGUCUACUAUCUAAUGUGAAGACUGAACACCACAAAUCAGAGGAGACAAUACUUGAAGCCAAAGAUGCUCAGAGAGCAAUAAAUGAUAAUAGAAAAUCGGCUAUAGGAAAUAAGCAAGUGGAAAUCAACGAAAUAAAAAAUAUGAUAUCGAUCACCGAAAAGAACUUACAAGAUUGGUCGAAUUACAGAAGAUUAAAGAAUUCUGCUGAUGCGGCAAAAGAAAGUCUAUUAGCGGCUGAAUCUGUUGUAUCGGAGAAGUCGAAAGCUGUAACUGACUUGGAGGCGAUUUUUGAUCCGGAAUUACUUUAUUCAAAUCGUACGAAAGUCAUGAUUUUGCAUAAGGAUUUACUGGGCAGAGUGCAGUAUCGUAAAGAUGAAAUUGAAUUUUUGAAAAUACGAUAUAAUCUCAUACAAAAUCAAGAAGAGAUUGAAUUACAAGCUAUUCAAACAGAAUUAGAGACAUUGAAACUUGAAUUCAACGAAUCCCAUGUAGCAGAAGAGAAAUUGAAAGCUGAAAUGGAUGAGAAAAACAAUUUAAUGCACCAAGCAGAAUGGGAAAUACAUCCAAGUGAAGUGGAUGAAGAAACCGAUAAAUUAAGGAAUACUUCAAAAAUACUACAAGUGAAAUUCACCAAAAUCAAAGAAAAAUUUCUCUCUGUCACAGAUAAAAUGAGAAAAAAGAGACUUACGUCUCUAAUACACAGGACUAAUAUAAGAAAUGUUUUGCCAUAUCUUCGAGGCGCUAACAAUACAAUUUUUGAAUUACGAGAAGAAUUGAAAAUACUACGAGAAAGAUGUGUCGAAGAAGGUGGUGAGGGAGUGUCCGGGGAGUUGACUGGUCAGCCUGAAGACAAUGAACACACGAUAGGUGUCGAAGAAGGUGGUGAGGGAGUGUCCGGGGAGUUGACUGGUCAGCCUGAAGACAAUGAACACACGAUAGGUGAGUGUCGGCUUCCAUUCUGCUCGUCGAGUGUUGCAUUGUGUCAGUUGGUUUGUUCGCGUUCCAGUUAG